AUGGCCUCACGAGGCCCCAACGAAGGGUCGUCGAAGCCAGAAAUCGGCGAUAUUCUAAUCGUGAUACAUGAUUUCCAGGCUCGAAGCUCAGACGAACUAAGUCUUGCAAAGGGCGACCGGGUUGAACUAAUAGAACGAGAUGACGAGUUUGGCGACGGGUGGUUUCUCGGCCGCCAUCUGGUCAACAAUAACAAUGGACUCUUCCCUGAAGUCUACACCAGGACCGCUCCUAGAAACGCCCCUACCAGCUCUUUCAGCACUUCAAAGCCCCAAACUUCCCAACAGGAACAAACCCAGGAUUCGAGCACCGACACGGGUAACAAAGAAGAACUCGAGUUACACCCCCAAAGUCGAAAUCCUGUGACAUUGCCUCUCAACAGUGUCAAAUCCGAACCUGCUCUAGUGCCAAGCGAGCCUCCGGUGCUUCCCGCCCUCAGCCAGCUCACGACUCAGAACCAAGACAGCCCUGUCUUGCACGAAACACUCACUGUUAUUGAUGAGCAUAUAACCGAUCUUCGAUCUCCCGCUAGUAACAAUGGACUCCGAGCGGUAGCGAACGACUCUGGAAGUGAGUAUAGUAGCACUCACCCUGAUCAACGAGCAUCAUACAUCCAAGGCGAAGAGACGGACGAAGAAGAGGAAGGUUUUCAUACACGAGAAGAAGUCGAAUCGUGGUCCCCGGACGAUGUUGCCGAAUAUCUUUUUACUUCAGGAGUGGAAAAGCACCACUGUGAAGUCUUCAGGGAUCAAGAGAUUUCUGGGGAGGUCAUUCUUGGUAUGGACCAGAGCUCGCUCUUUAUCAAGGCCUUUGACCUGGGCUCCGUUGGUCGACGACUGAAGACUUGGCACAAGAUCAAGGCCCUUCAGGACGAAGUUAGCAAUCAAGGCCUGGAGACACGACGCACGACGCAGACUUUUGGAAACGACGGUUUAGACGAAACCCGGAGAUCGAGAAGCCGAGCAAACACCCUCACCAACCGCCCCACCUCUAUCCAAACAAGACGACUCUCCUUAUCGCAGAAUACUCCAAAAGCAUCUCCGACGUUUGGAGGCCCCCAUGGACAAGACCCUCCUAACCGCGCUAGUCAUAUCAAGAGACCAUCCGCAGCAUCAAUUAGGGAAUUGAACCAUUCGCGCCGACACUCUUCGUCAACUGACUUUCGCCAAGGUGGUGGUCCUGCACCAGCACCUGGAGCUGCUCAUGCUCCUAUUCCUAGGAUUUCGACCACGGGUACCUUGCCCGUAACAGAGGGGGCUCAUAAGAAGCAGCCAUCAUUUGACCGAAACUGGACCCUCGGCAACGCCUAUUCACAACCCCCACAGCGGCCCCUUUCUUCCACUGGACUACAGGAUUUACUCAGUCCAUCUACAGCCGACACACAGGAUCCUACUGCUGAUCUCGAUAGAGGCUACUUCUCCGGCACAGAGGUUGAUGGAAGAAAAAGAAACUUGUUGCGAAAGCGCGACAGCAAUGCUGAGUCGAGAAAGUCAAGCUAUGCCGAAGAGCAGAGGGUUCGAAGCGCCACAGCCAUGGCACGACAGUCAAGAUUCGGAAGCGUGGGGUCAGUCGCGGAGGGGGGUAUUUCUUCAGCAGCCCAGAAGUAUUAUGGUAUUCCGGCUGGCGCUCAUAGGAGAACUGCGUCAGCCGCUUCGGAAUCAACGAUGAACAUGCCACCACCCAACGAUGCCCCGUCACCUACAGUCACUAAACUGGACACUUCGGUUGGCUUAGCUCGCUCAACUGCGUCACCUGUUUCGACGAGACAUCAAGGAUUCAACUCAGAUUGGCUAUCGUCAAUGGUCAACAAACCGAUUGCCUUGGCUAGUGGUAAGGGCAUGAGAGCCAUAUCUGACAACCUGAGCUUUGAUCGGUCCAAAGCUUCAACACCGACCGAUUCAUCAAACAAGGAUUUCAUUGUCGAGUCACCCGCGCGGACCGGCUCAACGACACCAUCAGGUGGAGCCAGUUUUGACCUAGAAUCUCCAGAUACUGCCAAGAGCCCUGGCACUCCUAUAAACCAGGCUAGUAAGAAGGCCGGAAAGAAGGGCAAGAAGGAAACAAGCGCUUACACUCGAGGCCUGCUCAAAAUCUCCCCCAAGGAGGCAAGCAAAGAUGCUGAUUACAGCGGUUGGAUGAGGAAGAAGAGUUCCAAUCUCAUGACAACGUGGAAACCCCGAUUCUUUGUUCUCAAAGGUCGACGGCUGGCAUACUACUAUUCAGAAGAGGACGACCAAGAAAAGGGGCUUAUUGACAUUUCGUUCCACCGAGUCCUACCGGCAGACAAUGAAAAGCUCACAGGACUUCAUGCUACUAUCACGAGCCUGGGAGGGCAGUCAAUGCCUGCCCAGAGUGGCGAUGAUAAUUUAGAGAAGGGGGACGAUUCCAUCUUCAUUUUCAAGCUGAUGCCUCCCCGAGCUGGUCUUUCAAGGGCUGUCAACUUCACAAAGCCAACUGUUCAUUACUUUGCUGUCCCUAACCUGAAGCAAGGGCGAUUGUGGAUGGCGGCUCUCAUGAAAGCAACCAUUGAUCGAGAUGAUACCAAGCCAAUCACAACAACGUACCAACAGAAAACGAUUUCCCUUUCCAAGGCCAAGCAGAUGCGUCAUCGCCCCCCGGCCUUGAUGAACCUUGACGAGGGUGCUGAAGAGGAGGCAGGCGCAGGCCGAAAGGAGGCCAAUGGCCUGGGAAUUUCAUACGAUGAAGCCGACAGUGGCGUUUCUGGUGUCGACAAGCUAGCGAGUCAAAAGCCUGAAGAGGCUAAAUCGAGCCUCGAUUCUGAAAAAGUGAACCCGCAGGCGGCCUGA